AUUGCAUUCCUUGAAUGAGGGAAAAUCUAAUGGAAAAUUUGGCAUUUAAAAUCUUUCAAUAUUUGUGAUUAAUUCAGUGGAAUUGUGCAUAACGGAAUUGUUGAGAAAUAAAAUCAAGAAGUGUGAACAGACUAGAAAAUAAAAGGGCAACAAAAGGAAAGAAGCAAAAUGCAAAAGCUGCCAGAGAAAAUUCUCUUCUUCAUUUUUAUUUUAUUUUCCCUCCUUAAGGUCGCUGUGAGUCUUCAGCUCGAGGGAUUGUCCACAAAGAAGCCGAGAGUUACGAAAUACACAACAAAGUCAUCACAGAGUGUGACUCCCUCUCCUGCCACAACAUCUUUCUAUCGUGUUAAUGCAACAAAUGGGGCGACAUGCAUCCUAAUAAGGACAGAUGGGCUUCUAAGUAUUCAAUACAGGGACAGACUAGGGGAGGACAAGGAAGCAGAUAUUUUUCUUCCGGACAAUGUUGAUUUAAGCGGCGAAUGCUAUGAGGAUGAAUCGAGCAUCACAAUGGGUUUCAAGGGUUUCGUUCUGACGAUGAAUUUCAAGAAAACCCCCGGUGGGGAACGAUGGUAUAUCAACAACGUAGAUCUCUCAUACUCAUCGUCAAAUCACGUCUUUGAGCACGUAGAUCGUCCCAAUCUCGAUGUGAAGCUCUCCACGCCGCAGCACAACACCCUGCUGUUCCCUACGCCCGUUGGGAAGUCCUACACGUGUGACACGGAAAAGGUGAUCACGAUGUUUGCGCAGGAUGAGGAUGAUCGUUCGGGGCAUCUGGCCAAGCUCUACCUGCGAGAUUUGCGAAUGCAGAGCUUCAUGUACAAGAAGGCCAGUACAUGGGGCCCGUCGUAUCAGUGCAGUGCCACUGGGACGUAUCGCGAUGAGACAGCUCCCAUUGCCGUGGGUUCAACAUUGGCCAUUGUUACGCUCUGCAUCAUCACGGGCUACGGUCUGUGGCGGUAUUUCAAAGUAAAGAAGGUGCAGUAUGGUACAAUGGAGUAAAUUAAGUGCGUGUCUGUACUUUGCCUGUACCCCGCCCACCUCUUUCAUCUUAUCUUAAUUGAUUAUUUAAUUGCAUAAAUUUCUCUAUUUUUUUUUUUACAAAUGGAUGAAAAUUAUUUGUUUUUUUUUUAAUAAUUGUGAUAAUUUUUUUAAAAGUUUAAUAUUUGCUCUGAGAAUUAAUUUCUGGUGGAGCAUUUUAGGCGUUUUAAGGGUCCUUUUUGUCAGUUAUUGAUCUCAAAAUUCUCUUUUUAGCAGAAGAAAGUUCUUUAUAUAAUCAGAAAAUUAUUCUUCUUUUGAUGAUUAUAUUUUUUUUUCUGGACAAAAUAAACGUUAUAUUUGAUGAGAAAUUAAUUCUUUAAUUCAAAUGAAUAAUACUCUUUUAGUUCAGAAGAAUGUUUUAUAUGAACAAAAUUUAUUCUCUUAAGCAGAAAAAAAUGGAAAAUUGUUUUAUUUUGCAUUACAUUUAAUUGAAAAGAAAAAGAAGAUUGAAAAUGAAUUUUUCUUUGACCAAAAUGUACAAUUUUUUCUGAUAAUUUUCUUAUUUUCCUAAUCUCUCCUACUUUAAUCAACAAGAACGUACUACUGAUCAAAUAGAAUAUUUUUCUGUAUAAAAAGAACGUUUUAUUGGGCAAAAAAACAUUCUUCUGUCAAACAGAAAAUUUUUCUACCGGAAAAUUAAUUGUUUCAUUGUAAUGAAUUCUCUCCUUUUUUAAAUCAAUUUUUCCAAAAUCAAUUUAUCUAAUAUCUUUUAAUUAAGUUGUAAAAUUGAAGAAAUUAAUUUAUUAAAACAGAAAUUCUAAUUAAACCA